CACCGCCAUUCUGAGCCACCAUGGGGCCGCUGCUGGCCCACUUGGUGGCCCUCUGCCUGGCCCUGACCUCAGCCAGGAGUGUGGAGCUCCAGAAAGAGGGCAGAAGCCGGAACCACGGUCACAACGUGUGCAGCACCUGGGGCGACUUCCACUACAAGACCUUCGACGGCGAUGUCUUCCGCUUCCCUGGCCUGUGUGACUACAACUUCGCCUCCGACUGCCGGGACUCCUACAAGGAGUUUGCGGUGCACCUGAAGCGGACUGCGGGCCGGGGUGGGGGCCCCCCCCAGCUUGAGUACAUCCUGCUGACUGUCAAGGACGACACCGUCUACCUUACCCGCCAGCUGGCCGUGGUGAACGGGGCCAUGGUCAGCACCCCGCACUACAGCCCUGGGCUGCUCAUUGAGCGGAACGACGCUUACACCAAGGUCUACUCGCGUGCGGGACUCGCCCUCAUGUGGAACCGCGAGGACUCUCUCAUGCUGGAACUGGACAGUAAGUUCCAGAACCACACGUGUGGCCUCUGUGGGGACUACAACGGCCUGCAGACCUACUCCGAGUUCCUCUCCGAUGGCGUGCUCUUCAGUGUCCUGGAGUUUGGGAACAUGCAGAAGAUCAACAAGCCCGAGGUGGUAUGCAACGACCCCGAGGAGGUGCCAGCCCCCGCGUCCUGCACAGAGCACCGUGCUGAGUGCGAGAGGCUGCUGACCGCCAAGGCCUUUGAGGGCUGCCUGGGCCUGGUGCCCCUGGAGCUGUACGUGCAGGCCUGUGUGCAGGACCAGUGCCAGUGUGCGCCGGGGUCCACCUGCGUCUGCAGCACUGUUGCCGAGUUCUCCCGCCAGUGCUCCCAUGCUGGCGGGCGCCCGGGGAACUGGAGGACCUCCACGCUCUGCUCCAAGAGCUGCCCUGGGAACAUGGUUUACCUGGAGAGCGGCUCGCCCUGCAUGGACACCUGCUCACACCUGGAGGUCAGCAGCCUGUGUGAAGAGCAUUACAUGGAUGGCUGCUUCUGCCCGGAAGGCACCGUGUACGACGACAUCGCAGGCAGCGGCUGCAUCCCCGUGGACCAUUCACCGCCCUGCCUUGCAGCCAGCUUCUCGAUCUUCCGUCCGUCCUCAUACCACCUUGUCGUGAACACCACCUUCGGCCUCAGGCUGCAGGUUCAGGUGGUGCCUGUCAUGCAGCUCUUUGUGACCCUGGACCAGGCUGCCCAGGGACGUGUGCAGGGCCUGUGCGGGAACUUCAAUGGGCUGGAAGGUGAUGACUUCAAGACAGCCAGCGGGCUGGUGGAGGCCACGGGGGCCAGCUUCGCCAACACCUGGAAGGCCCAGUCGAGCUGCCAUGACAAGCUGGACUGGCUGGAUGACCCCUGCUCCCUCAACAUUGAGAGUGCCAACUACGCUGAGCAUUGGUGCUCCCUGCUGAGGAAGACGGAGACCCCCUUCAGCAGGUGCCAUUCGGCAGUGGACCCAGCGGAGUAUUACAAGAGGUGCAAGUACGACACCUGCAACUGCCACAACAAUGAGGACUGCAUGUGCGCCGCCCUGUCCUCCUACGCGCGAGCCUGUGCCGCCAAGGGCGUGCUGCUGUGGGGCUGGCGGGAGCGCGUCUGCAACAAGGACGUGGGCUCCUGCCCCAGCUCCCAGAUCUUCCUGUACAACCUGACCACCUGCCAGCAGACUUGCAGGUCGCUCUCCGAGGCCAACAGCCACUGCCUCAAGGGCUUCGCACCCUUGGAUGGCUGCGGCUGCCCCGACCACACCUUCCAGGAUGAGAAGGGCCGCUGUGUGACCCUGGCCAAGUGUUCUUGCUACCACCGCGGACUCUACCUGGAGGCCGGGGAAGUGGUGCUGAGACAAGAGGAGCGAUGCGUCUGCCGGAAUGGGAGGCUGCACUGCACGCAGGUCAAGCUGAUCAGUCAGAGCUGUGCGGCCCCAAAAAUCCACAUUGACUGUAACAACGUGACCUCGCUGGCCAUCCGGAACCCCCGCCCCCUCAGCUGUCAGACGCUGGCCGCAGGCUACUACCACACGGAGUGCAUCAGUGGCUGCGUGUGUCCCGAGGGGCUGAUUGAUGAUGGCCGGGGCGGCUGCGUGAAGGAGGAGGCGUGCCCAUGUGUGCACAACAAGGAGUUGUACUCCCCAGGCCACACCAUCAAGGUGGACUGCAACACCUGCACCUGCCGGAGAGGGCGCUGGGUGUGCACGCAGGCCGUGUGCCACGGCUCCUGCUCUAUCCAUGGGAACGGCCACUACAUCACCUUUGAUGGGAAGCACUACGACUUCGAUGGACACUGCUCCUACGUGGCCGUUCAGGACUACUGCGGCCAGAAUGCCUCUCUGGGCUCCUUCAGCAUCAUCACCGAGAACGUCCCCUGUGGCACCACGGGUGUCACGUGCUCCAAGGCCAUCAAGAUCUUCAUAGGGAGGACGGAGCUGAAGCUGGAGGACAGGCACCGUGUGGUGAUCCAGAGGGAUGUGGGCCACCACGUGGCCUACACCACGCGGGAGGUGGGCCAGUACCUGGUGGUGGAGGCCAGCAUCGGCAUCAUCGUCAUCUGGGACAAGAGGACCACCGUCUUUAUCAAGCUGGCCCCCUCCUACAAGGGCACCGUGUGUGGUCUGUGCGGGAACUUUGACAGCCGCUCCAGCAAUGACUUCACCACGCGGGACCACAUGGUGGUGGAGAGCGAGUUGGACUUCGGGAACAGCUGGAAGGAGGCCCCCACCUGCCCAGACGUGAGCUCCACCCCGGAGCCAUGUCUCAGGAGGCCACACCGCCGGGCCUGGGCCGAGAAGCAGUGUAGCCUCAUCAAGAGCCCGGUCUUCGGCAGCUGCCACAGCAAGGUGGACCCCAAGCCGUUCUACGAGGCCUGUGUGCACGACUCCUGCUCCUGCGACUCAGGCGGGGACUGCGAGUGCUUCUGCUCCGCCGUGGCCACCUACGCCCAGGAGUGCACCAAGGAGGCAGCAUGCGUGUACUGGCGGACCCCAGACCUGUGCCCCAUCUUCUGUGACUACUACAACCCCCCUAACGAGUGCGAGUGGCACUACGAGCCAUGUGGGAACCGCAGCUUCGAGACCUGCAGGACCCUCAGCGGCAUCCACUCUAACAUCUCGGUAUCCCACCUGGAGGGCUGCUACCCCCGGUGCCCCAAGGACAAGCCCAUCUAUGACGAGGACUCAAAGAAGUGCAUCCCAGCGGACCAGUGUGGCUGCUAUACGGAGGACACACGCUAUCCCCCCGGAGCACCCAUGCCGCCCAAGGAGGACUGCCAGUUCUGCAUGUGCACUAACUCCUCGAAAGCCGACUGCUGGUGGGAAGAGGGGAAGCUCCUCAACUACACCCAGGACGGCUCCUUCUGCUACCAGGAGCUCUGCGGCCCCAAUGGGACGGUGACGAAGCACUUCAACAUCUGCACCUCCUCGACACCCACCACCACCACCACCACCACCACCAUCCCCAGCACAGUUUCGUCAACAACUCCGAAGCUGUGCUGCUUCUGGUCCGACUGGAUCAAUGAGCAUCACCCCAGUGAGGGCAGUGACGGUGGUGACCGGGAGACGUUCGACAGCGUCUGCAGGGCGCCCGAGGACAUCGAGUGCAGGUCGGCCACAGAGCCCCACCUCAGCUGGGAGCAGCUGGGCCAGAAGGCACAGUGCAGCCCCUCGUUUGGGUUCAUCUGCAAUAACGAGGACCAGUUUGGAAAUGGACUGUUCGGAGUCUGUUAUGACUAUGAGAUACGUGUCAGUUGUUGUCUGCCAAUGGAUGAGUGCCCUACUUCCCCAACCACCACUCCGGCCACCACCUCAUCAACCACCGUCUCUACCACAUCACCAACGACCAUUCCUACCACAUCACCAACUACCGUCUCUACCACGUCACCAACGACCACCUCUACCACCUCACCACCCGGUGUCUCUACCACAUCACCACCCACUGUCUCUACCACAUCACCAAUGACCAUCCCUACCACAUCACCAACGACCAUCUCUACCACUUCACCACCUGGCGUCUCUACCACAUCACCACCCACUGUCUCUACCACAUCACCAACAACCGUGUCUACCACCUCACCACCCAGCGUCUCUACCACAUCACCAACGACCAUCCCUACCACCUCACCAACGACCAUCUCUACCACCUCACCACCCGGCAUCUCUACCACAUCACCACCCACUGUCUCUACCACGUCACCAAAGACCAUUUCUACCACCUUACCACCCACUGUCUCUACCACGUCACCAACGACCAUCCCUACCACCUCACCAAUGACCAUCUCUACCACCUCACCACCCGGCAUCUCUACCACAUCACCAACCACCGUCUCUACCACCUCACCACCCAUCAUCUCUACCACCUCAACAACCAUGCCAACUACAACUGUGACUACUACCACACCUACUCCACAGUCAACCACCCCAGUGUCAUCAACCACUCUAUGUAUUCAAUGCUGGUGGACUGGCUGGCAGGAUUCUGGUAAACCGACCUUCACCAAACCAGGUGGAGAAAUUGAAUCCAUUGGGAACGCCUGUGACCCAGGUUGGACAGUGACCACGACACCCACUCCCUCGUCCACCACUACAGGGACCAUGACACCCACACCCUCGAUGACCACCGCAGGGACGACGACACCUACUCCCUUAUCCACCACCACAGGGACCAUGACACCAACACUGACGACCACCACAGGGACAAUGACACCCACUCCCUCAUCCACCACCACAGGGACAACAACACCCACUCCAUCAUCCACCACCACAGGGACCAUGACACCCACUCCCACAUCCACCACCAUAGGGACCACAACACCCUCUCCCACGACCACGACCACAGUGACCAUGACAACCACUCCCUCAUCCACGACCACUGGGACCACAACACCCACUCCCACUCCCACCACCACAGGGACCAUGACACCCUCUUCCAUGACCACCACCACAGGGACCACGACACACUCUCCCACGACCACGACCACAGUGACCACGACACCCACUCCCUCAUCCACCACUACAGGGACCAUGACACCCACACCCUCUACGACCACCGCAGGGACGACGACACCUACUCCCUCGUCCACCACCACAGGGACCAUGACACCAACACUGACAACCACCACAGGGACAACAACACCCACUCCAUCAACCACCACCACAGGGACCAUGACACCCACUCACACAACCACCACCACAGGGACCACAACACCUACUCCUGCAUCCACCACCACAGGGACCAUAACACCCACUCCCACAUCCACCACCACUCCAGGGACCACGACACCCACACCCCUGUCCACCACCACAGGGACCACGACACACUCUCUCACAACCACGACCACAGUGACCACGACACCCACUCCCUCGUCCACCACUACAGGGACAAUGACACCCACACCCUCGAUGACCACCACAGGGACAACACCCACUCCCUCAUCCACCACUCCAGGGACCACAACACCCACUUCCACGACCACCAUGGUAACCACCACACCCACUCCCUUGUCUACCACCACAGGGACCAUGACACCCACUCCCAUGACCAUUACCACAGUGACUAUGACACCCACUCCCACAUCCACCACCACAGGGACCAUGACACCCACUCCAGCAUCCACCACUCCACAAACCACGACACCCACUCCCACAUCCUCCACUAUGGGGACCACAACUCCUCUCACCCACCCCACCACCACCAUCAGCACAGUGACACGUGUUCCACCUACCACCACCUCUACUACAGGGACCCCUACACUGACAGGGAGUCCUUCAACUCCAACGCCCAUACCACCCACUCCACAGACCACCAGCACCUCCAGCUCCAGCCUGCCUACCCCAACGGUCAGCCCUAUCAUCUCCCCCAGCAUCAGCAUGAGCACUGGCCCAGUAUCCUCCGGCCUGGUGUGGUGCUGCUAUUUGAAUGGCACAUUCUAUGCUCCAGGUGAGCUGGUGUACAACGGCACGCAUGGAGACAUGUGCUACUAUGUGAACUGCUCUCUGAACUGCAACUUGCAGUUCUUUAACUGGUCCUGCCCACCCACACCCUCUCCGCCACCCACACCCUCGAAGCCCAGCCAAUCCAUGCCCACAGCAAGCACCAAGCCCUCUGGGUGUCUGGACUUCGAUCCUCCCAGGCAGGAGAAUGAGACGUGGUGGCUGUGUAACUGCACCAUGGCCACGUGCAAGCAUGACAAUGUGGUGGAGCUUGAGGAGGUGAAGUGUGAGCCCCCUCCCAAGCCCACGUGCUCCAACAGCCUCCAGCCUGUGCAAGUGUGGGACCCCAACGGCUGCUGCUGGCACUGGGAGUGUGACUGCUACUGCACAGGUUGGGGAGACCCGCACUACGUCACCUUCGAUGGGCUCUACUACAGCUACCAGGGCAACUGCACGUACGUGCUGGUGGAGGAGAUCACCCCCACAGUGGACAACUUUGGGGUCUACAUAGACAACUACCACUGUGACCCCCGUGACCAGGUGUCCUGCCCCCGCACACUCAUCGUGCGCCAUGAGACCCAGGAGGUGCUGAUCAAGACCGUGAAGCUGAUGCCCAUGCAAGUGCAGGUGCAGAUCAACAAACAGGUGGUGGCGCUGCCCUAUAAGAAGUACGGGCUGCAGGUGGAGCGAUCAGGCAUCAACUACGUGGUGGACAUUCCUGAGCUGGGCGCCCUCAUCUCCUACAACGGCCUCUCCUUCUCCAUCAGGCUGCCCUACCGCCUGUUUGGAAACAACACCAAGGGCCAGUGUGGAACAUGUACGAACACUACCGCGGAUGACUGCGUGCUGCCCAGUGGGGAGCUUACCUCCAGCUGUGAGGUCGCAGCUGACCAGUGGGUGGUGAACGACCCCUCCAAGCCUCACUGUCCCCACACCAGCUUCACCACGGAGCACCCGGCCACCACGCUGCCACGGGGCACCAGUGCCACCACACACAAGGACUGUGCAUCUCCUCUCUGCGAGCUCAUCAAAGACAGCCUCUUUGCCCAGUGCCAUGCCCUGGCACCUCCUCAGCACUACUACGAGGCCUGCGUGUUCGACAGCUGCCUUGUGCCUGGCUCGGACCUGGAGUGUGCCAGUCUGCAGAGCUACGCAGCCCUCUGUGCUCACGAGGGCAUCUGUGUCGACUGGCGGAACCACACCCAUGGGACCUGCCCGAUAACGUGCCCAUCUCACAAGGAGUACCGGGCCUGUGGUCCUGUAAAGGAGCCCACGUGUAUGUCCAGCCCCUCUCAAGAGAACAGCACACGCCUGGUGGAAGGCUGCUUCUGUCCUGAGGGCACCAUGAGCUACGCCCCUGGCUUCGAUGUCUGCGUGGAGUUGUGUGGCUGUGUGGGACCCGACAACGUGCCCAGAAAGUUUGGGGAGCACUUUGAGUUUGACUGCAAGGACUGUGUGUGCCUGGAGGGCGGCAGCGGCAUUGUCUGCCAGCCCAGGAAGUGUGGCCACAACACCGUCACCAAGUGCGCGGAGGACGGCACCUACCUGGUCACGGAGGUGGACCCCACAGACACCUGCUGCAAUGUCACCUCCUGCAAGUGCAAUGCCAGCCUGUGCAAGGAGACACCUCCUGUGUGCCAGCUGGGAUUCGAAGUGCAGAGCAAGAUGAUUCCAGGGAGGUGCUGCCCCUUCUACUCCUGCGUGCCCAAGGGCGUGUGUGUCCUCGGGAACGCUGAGUACUGGCCCGGCUCUCCAGUCUAUUCCUCCAAGUGCCAGAACUGCACCUGCACCCACAACAGGAACACCACCACCCAGCUCAACACCAUCUCCUGCACUCACGUGCCCUGCAACACCGUCUGCAGCCCCGGCUUCGAGCCGGUGGAGGCCCCGGGGGAGUGCUGCAGGAAAUGUGAACAGACCAGCUGCGUCAUCAACCGGCCGGGUGGCCAGCACAUCAUCCUGAAGCCUGGGGACAUGCAGAGGGACCCCAAGAAUAACUGUACCUUCUUCAGCUGCGUGAAAAUCCACAACCAGCUCAUCUCGUCUGUCUCCAACAUCACCUGCCCCGACUUUGACCCCAGCAUCUGCCUUCCGGGCUCAGAGACACUCAUGCCCAACGGUUGCUGCAGGAAAUGCAUCCCUCGCAAUGAGACCGUGCGGCCCUGCUCUGCCAUCCCUGUCACCAAGAGAAUUUCACACGCUGGCUGCAGCAAGAAGGUCAUCAUGAAUUACUGCUCCGGGUCCUGCGGGACCUUCGCCAUGUACUCGGCCGAGGCCCAGGGCCUGGACCACAGGUGCUCCUGCUGCAAGGAGGAGCGAACCAGCCAGCGGGAGGUGGCGCUGGACUGCCCCGGGGGCGGCACCCUGAGCCACAGCUACACCCACAUCGAGAGCUGCCUGUGCAGGGACACCACGUGCGAGCUCCUGCCGCAGCAGCGCGGAACCGCCCGCCGCACCCGGCGCUCUGAUGCGGGGGUGUCGCGUCCAGGGAGGCGCUGAGCCCCCCUCGCUGCCCCGGCGCAGCGCCUCGUCCGUUCCCUGCACGCUCCCCCCUGCUGACCCUCUGAGCUUCCCCACCCCCUGAACUGGCUUCCUCUCUGCGGAUAUUUAUUUUCCGAGCCUUUGUUCAAUUCUUUGCUUUUAAAAAUAAACUUGGGCAGAGACGC